UACAACUUCUUGCCUUCAUAGCUACGACUCUCUCUCUCUCUCUCUCUCCGUCUUUCUUUCUAGAAAUCAAACAAAACCAACAGAAACGAACAACCAUCUUCUUCUCUCUUUCCCCACCUCCACAAAAACACAUUUCAAUUUCAUUUCCCUCAAAACCUCAACAAUCUCUCUCCCUGCAAAAUCAAAACGCAGAAAACAUAACAGCUCCAACGACACCCAAACUGACACAACCAAACCAAAAACACUAGCCUCAGAACGACAACCCACACAAAAAAAAGCAACCACCGCCCAAGUUCCCUCCCUCCUCCUCCUCCUCGUCCACCACCACCACCACCACCCACCGCCCCUUCCCUCUUUUCUCAAGGGUCGAUGGCGGAACGUGGAAACAACAACAACAACACGUCGUCGUUUAAGUUUCCGUUCUUCAAUCGCUCGCUCACCUCGAUUCACUCCAACAACAACAAGGAAAAACCAUCGAACCUCGAACGCGCGUAUUCCAUACGCGGCAACGUCGUCAAGAAGCUCUGCAGUUUCUUCGAAUCCCCAAAACCUGCUUCUUCUUCUGAAGAAUCGCUUCUUCUCAAUAAGCUCAAACCCACGAAAUCAAUCGACAAUUCAGAUUCUUCAGAAGAACCACUUUUCCCCAAUAACCCAAAAUCCACGAAAUUACUCGAUUCUUUAUCUAGUGGCAUUCGAUUGCCAGGCACGGAGGAUCGGAUCGUGUUGUAUUUCACGAGUUUACGAGGGAUUAGAAGGACCUACGAGGAUUGCUACGCGGUUAGGAGUAUAUUGAGGGGUUUUAGGGUUUGGGUUGAUGAGAGAGACGUGUCUAUGGAUUCUUGUUACAAGAAGGAGUUGAUGAGUGUGUUCGGUGAGAAGAACAAGAACAAUAACGUGGCAGUGGCAUUACCUCAGGUUUUUAUAAGGGGGGUUCAUGUUGGGGGUGUUGAUGUUAUUAAGCAUCUGUGUGAGGUUGGUGAGUUGGGGAAGAUUCUAGAAGGGUUCCCAAAGACAAAGGCUGGGUUUGUGUGUGAGACUUGUGGGGAUGUUAGGUUUGUGCCUUGUGGGAAUUGCAGUGGGAGUAGGAAGUUGUUUGAUGAGGAUGAAGGGUUGAUGAAGAGAUGUUUGGAGUGUAAUGAGAAUGGCUUGAUUCGGUGUCCUAAUUGUUGCUCUUCUUGAAAUUUGAAAUCCACCCUCUCUCUCUCUCUUAUGUAUGUGUAGUUGUUGAUUUUUGCAAUUGCAGUUGCAUGCACAUUUUUAGGUGCUGAUAAAUGAUUUGAUGAAGAUGGAGGAGUUGUCGAUGUUGGUUGUGACGAUGAAUAUAUGGGUUUGGUUAAGGUUUUUCAUGGCUCAAAGCACUGCUUGAAUUUUUUAUGGUUGGUUUUUUCUUGAAUUGUCUUAUGAGCUGAUGGCCUCUUCAGCUCCUUGAACAAAAUUUUGUUCAAGAGUGUGUGCUUUUAUAAACCCCCCCCCCCCAAAAAAAAAAAAAAAAAAUUUGCUAAAUGGGUUUGAGUGUAGCUGUUGUAGUUCAUACACAGUGAGGAGUGCUUCUCCUCAAGGUAAUGUAAAUAUGUAAAUAUUUAGUAUUAUGAUUCAAGGGAUUUGCAAACUGUUGACCAUUGAAGUUUAUAUUGAAAGUGAUUUGUUUUUAAGUGCCUUAUUUUAAUUUGUUCUCUCAUCUCUUCUUGUAUUUGGUUUUUGAUAGCACGUAGGUCCUGAACUGCUUCAGUUCAGCAUUUUGAAAAUGCAAAAAUGGGUUUUGUUUAUUAGAAAUGUAUUCGUCGGUAGGGACAGGGUUUCUCUUGGUGGCAAUUUAAGUAUUUGGUCCAGUGAUAGUUAGGAUUAGCAAACAAUGGCCAUUGAUAGUUUAUGAAAGAAAUUGGCUUAUUUUAAUGCUUAUUUUUCCUCUCAGAUGUUGUGCCUUUAUUUUCUCAUAUUUCUACCACGUAUAUGAUAGCACGUGGAAGAAUGAUAUGGCCAUAUGACGUGCAGGUGUGCUGAUAUAAAGUGUCCUUCUUCAUGGGGUUUUAGCAGUGACUCGUUGUGCUACUGUAUAAAUAUCAUAGUCAGUUCAUGCAUGUUAAUAGAGGCUGUUCUGUUGUUUGCCAACACCUGAGCCCUCUAAUUGAACUCUGAUGAUCUAAACUGAUAGGAUGGUGGCUGGGUGUUAAUUGAGCUAUGUGUAUUCCUUUGUCUUAAUGUUCUGAACACCUUUGCCCUUUCUUUAUAAAAUUUUGGAUCGGAAUCGUUGUAAACUUCUUCUUACUAA